CGUGUUUAAAAGGCGGCACGAUCAAGCAAUUUCAUCAUUACAGGCUAUCAAAUUUCUUCUUCAUAUUUCAAAUUUUUUCUGCUUAAACGGAGAAAAAUGAAUUGGGUUCAACGGAAAAUUUAUCUCUACAAUGUUACUUUUGGUUUGUACAUGCUCGACUGGUGGGAACGUUGUCUCUUCAAUAUUUUGGUGCUUGUGUUGCUAUGGUUUAUGUGUUACAACGGGUUUCGAUUUGCUUCUGAGCUCUUCAAUAGGCAAAUGUGGUGAAAGUUCAUCAGCUGUGUCGAGCGUUAUUCUUCACCAUAACUAAGACAGAUAUGUAUGCCUCUUUUGGCAUUUAACUUUUAAGGUUGUGAAAUUGUUUGCUGUGCCAUGGAUAUAGUUGGCUUUGUAUGAAUUCAUCUUACUAGAAAAAUACGUUCGUUUCUUAUUCUUUACCGAUAGAUGACACUUAAUGUAAUAGUUCGAACAAUCAAUCAGAAAUUCAAGUUGAAAUUAUUGAUUGUUGUGAGGAAUGCUUUGCUAAUAGCUUAUCAAUUUGUGACGUUUUUUUUUUUUGA